CAAGCCGGCACUGCACUGCACACACACACACUUUUUCCACACUCCUGAUCUGCUUAGCAGGCAGGAAAAACACUCUUACUGCAGGACAGGAGGACAUUUAGGUAAAGAAUCAGCCUCAAAGCAACAGUUUCAAAGGAGCUCCUGGCUCCCAGAAGAGUUAACAGCAAGGGCAGGAGCAAGGGCAAGGUGAGGCCACCCUUAUUUUUUGGGGGUGGAUGUCCUCCCGACUACCCCAUGAGAGGCCCAGUCCGGGCUACGACAUGGCGAGACGAGUGGAGGGCGACACCUCCCCGAAAAAGAACAUACCGUUCAACCUUGUGACAGGCUUCUACCUCUACCUCCGUGACGAGCAGGAGGCUGUGCAGAAGAGGACGUUCACCAAAUGGAUCAACUCCCACUUGGCCAAGCAUAUUCCGCCUCUGGUCGUGACCAAUCUGUUUGAGGAUAUCAAGGACGGUGUGAAGCUGCUCGCCCUGCUGGAGGUCCUCUCUGGACAAAAAUUGCCAUGUGAGCAGGGCAGGAAGUUAAAGAGGAUCCACUGGGUUGCAAACAUCGGCACCGCUCUCAACUUCCUCCAGGGCAGGAAGUCUGCCUACAGGGGAUCACCGAUCAAGCUGGUGAACAUCAACUCCACAGAUAUCGCCGAUGGUCGACCAUCAAUCGUCUUGGGUUUGGUGUGGACCAUUAUCCUCUAUUUCCAGAUUGAGGAACUGACCUUCAGUCUCCCAGCAAUCCAGGCCCCGUCGGACAGCUCCUCCUCGCUGAACGGCUCCGCCAGCAGCACCGAGACUGCCAGCCCACCCGUCAAGAAGAAGCCCCUGGCCCCCGUGCAGGGCGGCGCUCGGAAGGCCCUGCUCAAAUGGGUCCAACAGACAGCCACGAAGCGUUUAGGAAUCGAGGUGAAAGACUUCGGUCCCAGCUGGCGGACAGGUUUAGCGUUCCUUGGCAUCAUCCACGCCCUUCGGCCCAAUCUAGUAGACGUGGAACGUUCAAGAAGACGCUCCAACCGAGAAAAUCUGCAAGAAGCUUUUCUGCUAGCUGAAACACAGUUGGGAAUAGCACAACUUCUUGAACCUGAGGACGUGGAUGUGGACAAGCCUGACGAGAAAUCCGUCAUGACGUACGUGGCCCAGUUCCUGAAGCAUCAUCCUGACCGAGAGCGCGGCGCCUCAGAGGGACGAGCGGCAGAAGAAGAAGACGAUGAGGAGGCGUCUGUCCCGCAGCAUGGCCUCGCUCCUCGUGAUAUCGAGGAAAUGUUGGAGAGAGAGCAGCGAAAGAGCCUGAGGGAGUUUAAAAUGUGGCUGGACCAGCUGGAGAGAGAUGUGCUGCACGCCCAGGAGACUGAGCCCAAUCUAGCUCUACAGUACCAGUUGUUCAAGAGUCUGCGUGUGCAGCUGGAGAUGCAGAAGAAGCAAGUGGACGAUUCUUUAAAGUCCAUGCAGAAGGACGGAAUGCUGACAGUAGAUCAGGCUCUCGUCAAGCAAGCUUGGGAAAGGGUCUCCAACAGGCUCCUGGAUUGGCAUCUGCUGCUGGACACGUCCCUUCCUGCUCCUUUGGAUGCGCUGGGGGCCUGGCUGCACCACACCGAAGGAGCCCUGCGACAAGAUGUUUCCGCACAACAAGACGAUGACGAGGCAAUCGGCGGCAAAGCCUCGGAACGACACGAGGACGUGUUGAAGAGCCUUGAGGCUCACCAGCAGGUCUUUCAGAGGGUCCAUAAGGACAGAAGUAUCGAUGGUGUCCCCGUGCCACCAGAACACCUACAAGACAUGGCCGAAAGGUUGAAUUUCAUCUCCACAACUUGCAGCGUCCAGCUGGCUAAGAUGGAAUUCCUGAAGCACAAACACCACAUGGAGACCUUUCUCACGGAAGCGGAGUCCCAGCUCAAAUCAUGGAUCGUCCAAUACGGCCGACAAGAGUGUGUGGAGCAGAUGCUACGUGAUUAUGUUGUUUUUGUGGAGAAGCGGUAUUUCUUUGAAAAUUACAAGAUUUUGUACCAGUCAUUGAAAAGUGCUGGAGAGGAUUACAUCAGCGCUGACAGCUCAGCUGACGAGGGCGAGACGGGGGUCACCCGCCUCGUGCGGGACGUGGCGUCCCAUUGGAGGAGCCUGUCAAUGGAAGUACGCAGCGUCAGGAGCAUGCUGGAGGAGGUGCUGUCUAACUGGGACCGCUACACCUCCACAGUGACCUCUUUCCAGGCUUGGCUGGAGGACGCGGAGGGAGCCCAGAGACAGCCGGAAAAUACAAAGCAGGAGUUCUUCAGGAAUCUCAGCCACUGGAUGGAUCAGCAUGCCGCCAUGAACGACGCAGGGAACUUUCUUAUCGAGACGUGUGACGAGACUGUGUCGUUUGAUCUCAAGCAGCAGCUACUUCUUCUCAAUGGACGUUGGAGAGAGCUUUUCCUUAAGGUCAAACAGCACACCCAAGUCGAUGAGUUGGAAAAGUGGCGAAAAGACCAUCUGAAGACAAGGUCGACUUUGACAGAACUUUUGGAUACAGCAGAGGCCAGGCUCAGCGCUCGUGUGCAAGUGUCUUUCCUCGGUGUACGAUCUUUUUUGCAAGAUGUGGAGAAUACCAAGCAAAAGGUUGUCGCCAUGGAGACGCAGUACAAGCUGGCCGGCCGCAGCGCUCAGCUCCUCGCCAAAGACGCGCCGCACGACGAGGCCGCCAGGGUCAUCGCGGCCAUGACGACCGCUAAAAGUCAGUUGAGCCAGGUGAGAGAGCUCUGUCCCACCUUAGUGAGGGAAUGUCACGCCCUUCUACCUUUGCUGGAGGAGAUGGAGAAACACAUCUCUGUCUUUUAUCAAGCCCUGGAGCGGGCCAGUCGUAUUACUGCCAGAGACGCAGAUACACUGAGCCCAACCCUGCACAGACACAAGUGGCAGGAAUUGUUGAACCAGCAGCAGAGUUGCAAACGGUGUCUGGCGGUGAUCGAGAGGAACCACCACACGGUGCAGAGGGCGCUCUCCAACAGCAAGGUGCUUCAAAACUUGGACACCGGCCUGCUGCGGAAGACAGUGGCUGAAGUACAAGGCUCGGCGCAGGCUCUGCUAAAGGAGGUCGGGGAGUGGAGGAGGCGCGAAGAGGCCAACAACUGUCUGAGGAGGAGGUUCGAGGAGUCCAGACAGGAUCUGGAGAGAGUGCUGAAGAGAGCGCAGGACUGCUUGGGAGAGACGGGGGUCGCCGAGGAGUUACUGAAGAAGCACACGGAUUUUUUCAGCCAGCUGGACCAGCGGGUGCUGAGCGUCUUCCUGAAGGCGUGUGACGAGCUGACUGACAUCCUACCAGAAGAGGAGCAACAGGGGCUGCAAGAAACAAUCCGCAGGCUGCACAAACACUGGAAGGACAUCCAGGGCGAGGUACCAUUUCACCUGCUGCGUCUGAAGGUAGAGGUGGAGCAGAGUCGAGUCGAUGCCGUCCUCCAAGAGUGCAGAGCAGAACUGGACAGAGAACUACACAUCUUUUCUGACUCCCCCAUCAGCGAAGAUGUGAUCAAAGAGCACAGAACGUUCUUCUGGGAACGCAAACCUCUGGCUGUGUGCGAGAAGCAGAUUAGGAACAUGGAGGACCUCUGUCACAAGUUGCCAGACAACGACGCCGCUUAUCGAAGGCUAGAUUCCACCAGGAAGGCUGUGGAGGACGUCGCAGAGCACAUCAGGAGCACCGGCGUCGGACUGGCGCAGCAUCCUGAUAAGUGGAAAGAAUGGAAUGAUAGAUUUUGUGAGCUUUCUGACUGGCUCUCAUCUCAGAGGAGGCACCUAAAGGAGAUGGCAAGAACCUCCGGCCAGGAGCAAGUUGAUGCUGCUGUGCAAGCAUUGCGAAAAGCAGGAGACGCCCCAGAAGAGAGCCUCUUGUGGCUUAAGAGUCGUCUCUCGAGCCUGACUGAUGUGAGCUCUGAAGCGGACACACAAAGACAGCGAAGCGCUCUCAUCAAACUCUCAGCCGACUUUAAGGAGCUGUUGUCCUCACUUUGCCAGGGAAGUGGCGAGGGCUCAGGUGCAUUCCAGUUCGAAGAGCUCCGGGAGGAGGUGCGCGGCGCACUGGAGGAGGUCUUGAGAGCUGGGAAGGAAGCCGGAGAGCAGAUCAGUAGGAUCCUGGAUGCGGAGGACCUGUGCGAAGCCCAGGAACUAUUCCUUAUUCAUCAGCAACACCUAAAACAACUCCAGGCUCUUAGAAGGGAGGCAGAUCUUUUGGUCUCCCACUCGCAGCAGCUCCAUACCGGAGAGGCGCUGAGUCACUCUGUGCACGAGCUGGAGGAACGUGUCCGAGAAGCGGACCUCCAGAUCAGCGCCAAGGAGCACGGCCUGCAGGCCACUUUGAGCUCCUGGCGGAACUUUGAAACCGAGUGGGAAAGACUUCAGGUGUUUAUCAGUGACAUUACAAUUGAGCUGCAUAAAGAGCUUAUAUUCAACAGUCUGGACAGCCUAAGGAGUGAACUGGACCACACCAAGGAGCUGUAUAUAAAGCUUGAGGACUGUUGCGUGAGAGCAGACACCCUCCUGGAGGAGGCAGCGGAUCUUCAGCUUGGUCCUAAGAAUCAAAUUGCUGUUCUACAUCAGGCCCAGUCCACCAGGGAAGCAGUCAAGCAGCUUCAAAACCACCUCAACAAGAAUGUUGCCCAGCUGGAGAGGACGUGCUCGUCGUGGGAGCGCUUCAACGACCAAUCGGUGAUGUUCUCUGCAUGGAUCAAUGAAAACCAGAGUGCACUGGAUGCCAUCAAGCUCACCUCACCCACAGAUAACUUGGACAAACACAUUGGCACUGUAGAGGCUGUGUCAGAAGGUUUAGAGGAGAGGAGACUAUCACUAUUCCACAUGCAGAACGACUGUGAGGCGCUGUCCAGGUUUGUGAGCCCCGGAGAGACCGGAUGUAUUCGGGCACGGCUCGCCCAGAUGAGGCGCUCCUGGGAAGAACUGAUGGAGAAAACAGAGCAGCUUGCGGGACAGCUCAACCAGAGCGCCUCCUAUAGGGAGAGGUGCUGCGAUAACCUGGAGCAGGUCAAGAAAACUAUGAAUGAUCUCAAAGAGAAACUUGACACACCCGUCAUAUUUUGCUCAUCAUCAUCACAGACGUACAAGAACCUACAGAGUCACGCGGAGGUGUGCCAGUCGGUGGAGCAGCUGAAGCCCAAACUGAUGGUUUUGUGUUCUGCUGUGAGGAGGCUGGGAGAGGGCACCAAGUUGGCGCAAGAAGUGCCUCAACUCCACAAGCUGCAAGGAGAGUUAUUGGAAAAGGCCAGCGAGAAACAAUCGACAUUAGAGAGCCUUCUAACACUGUGGCAAAGAUUUGAAAAGGAAAACUCGUCCAUGAAAAGCUGGCUGGAUGGUUGCGAGUGUGUCUGCUAUCCAGCUGACAAGUUGCUCUCUGCAGACAAGGUGAAGCUCACGAUGGAGCUACAACACAUUCAGGAAAUGCAGACUGAAACCUCCUCCAAUGACGCCCUACUUCAGGGUCUGUUAAAUAUCGUGCUCUGUCUCUCCCCGUCUGCAUCCGAAGCUCGAGUCCAAGAGCUAAAUGACGAUCUCACCCAACUGCAGGAGAGAUACAUCUCACUGAAGAACAACAUCACACACAGACGGGAGCAGCUGGAGUGUCAGUUGUCACAGCUGAAGCUUUUCACUGAAGCUCUUCUGACACUGAGCCAAAAGAGUGAAAAAUGCCCAACUGUCUUGAGAAGCUCUCUUCGGGUUGAUAUUACUGAUCUCGAUGGUGCCUUCACAGAGCUCAAGGAGCACGACUCUCGGUUAAAGGCUUAUUCUUCACUAAGAGAGGCUCUCCAACAAAGAGAGUCUGCCAUGCUUCCAUGCUCCACCCCAGAAGCUAAGCAGCAGCUCCAGGCCUGGAGAGAAGAUUGCCUACAACCCUUCGCUGAAUGUGAACGUCUGCUGCUUCUCCGUGAAAAGUGCCUAAAUGGGUUAAAGUCCUUCCUGGAGAAGCGUGAAACGGCAGCCGGGGCUGUCGGCCGGUUUCACGAGGACAUGGUGAGGAAAGGGAGCUGGGAUCCACUCAAAGCAGAAGAACUCCGCCGCCUGAUAGGAGAGGUCACGAGGGACGUAGCCCAGCUUGAGGCUGAGGCCGUGGGGUUGGACGGACACCUGAGCAAGGCCCACCUCCACCUGUGUGCCUCGAAAGACGUAGAUGGAAGAACCUCCUGCAGGGCUCAGGCCGAGGCCCUCGUCACAUCCCUGGAGGAGGCACAAAGCAAUUUGGGAUGGAAGCAGAGUGAAGCAGAUGCCCUCAGGGCAAUGUGGAGCUCGUUCAGGGGGAAGAAGGUGGAGAUAAUGAAUAAUUUGGAGACGUUGCAGUAUAGAACAAGAAGACAACAGGUGGUCGAAGAGAUCUCAAUGCAAGCAUUUAAAAACAGGCUUCGUUACUUGGCCCAGCUGGAGGAUGAGCUCCAGUCCCUCCAUCAGUCCCAGCAGUGGUUAGAGGAGAACGGAAGCCAGCUGGCCCAGAGGGACACUGAGCGGGCAGGGGAAGCCCUCAGAGAUGUUCAUGUGGUCAAGGCUGCCUGGGACUACGUCAUGACUCUCAUCACCAAAAGUCAGGAACAGAGUCGAGGGAUACUCGAUCUCCUGCACCGUUCCCAUCAGUUGAGGUCGAUCCUCAGUGCUUCUGUGGCGAAAUCCCAUGCACUUGCUCACAACCUGCCCGAUCACAACCACAAUGCUCAAGAGGCCAGGAGGUCCUUGUCACGGCAUGAGACGCUGCUGGGUGAGCUCAGAGAAAAGCAGGAGGACAUGGACCAGCUCAUCAGCACAGUGGAGGACCUGCAGAGAGAACUGGAUCACAUUCCUGACUGUGACACAAGCCUCAUCCACAGAGAGAUGGAGGCGUUAAGGGCACAAUGGUUAGAGGUUUCUGAGAAAAUUCAAACCAACACUGAAAGAUUGGGCUACUGUGUGACCCUCUGGGAUGAUCUCAAGCUGAUGGAGCAGGAAAUGAACCAAUGGACCACCGCCACCUCUAUCGCUGAACUCACCAACAGUGUCACCAACCUGAGCGACAACGACACAGAGGCCUGCCUCGUCGCCUUUGAGGCUGAAAUGGAGAAAAAGGAGCAGUUGCUGGACGCGCUGCAUGGGAGAGUUGGGGAGCUCAAGGAGCACACUAAACUGGAGGAAACUCCCUUACAAAUGCAGGUCCUGGAGUCCGAGCUGAGGAAGAAGUUGGUCCACGUUCAGGAGGUGUUCAACCAGGCCAAACACUCGUUGACCUACUUCACAUUCCAGAAGCAGCGUCUGGAGGACCUCAUGUCCCAGAUGACCGAGUGGCUUGAAAAUGUCGAGGCUUCCUUAUCGAGUCUCGAUGAAGCCACCUCCCCUGAUGCCAUCGGUUCUAUUAAGGGUCUCCAGGGUGUCGUUGAGCAGCAGAGGGCAGACAUGGACUCAGCCCGAGAGGCUCUGAGCGCCUUACGCAGGUCGCAUCCCUCUCAGGAGCUCUCUCGCCUCUCAGCCGACCUCACAGCCGUCGCCCAGCGCACCGAGGCGGUUGCCCAGUGUUGCGCCAAGGCCAGGGGCAGCCUGCAGGACGUGCUGCACCUCCACGUCAACCAGCUUUUCCAAGAAUUCCACUCCUGGCUGUCGGGAUUGAAGUUGGAGUUGAAAGAAUGCUCAAAUCAGUCAGGAGACGUUACCAUCCUUACAGCAAAGUUGGAAAGACUGAAGAAGUCAUCAACACAGUGGACGUCAGAAGGCGAGGGGCAUCUCUCUCGGGUUUGUGAGGAGGCAGAGAGGCUCCACCUCCACCUGCCAAAAGCCGAAGCAACGCAGCUCCAGGAGCACCUCUCCACCUGCCAGAGAGGAUGGGGGAGCUUCCUACAUGACAGUUCCCAAAGCCAACAAGACCUGGAGAAGAACAUUCAUCUCCUCAAAAGUUUUGAUGACGCUGUAGAAAAUGUCAGAGAAUGGCUUAAGGAGAUGGAGCUCAGCCUCAACAGGGAGUCUGUUGUUGAGGCAGACAGCCAACAAGGUGCCCCUGACCCCAAAGAGGAACUGGAGAGGGUGGAAAACCUCCAUAAGCAGCUUUUAGCGAGACGAGAGACUAUUGAGCGUGUCAUCCAGGACGCCCAGUCCUUGUCCGAAGCAGGACGCGGGUCUGGAGGAGAGGUCCGAGUGGCGGGCCGGCUCCAGAUGGAGCACCAGGCUCUGCUCAAAGCCGCUAGGGUGAGGCUGCGAGGCUGCCAGGAAAACCAGGCCUUUGGGGAGACCCUGCAGGGGGUGUGGGCCUGGUUAGAGGAGAUUCAGGAGAAGCUGGGCACGGUUGAUAGCACAAUGGGCACCAAGGAGCAGUUGGAGCAGAGACUGGAUACUGUGCAGGAUAUCCUGCUUUUGAAAGGGGAGGGCGAGGUCAAACUGAAUAUGGCGAUGGGUAAGGGCGAGAUGGCCCUGCGCAGCUCUGGCGCCGCCGGACAGGAAGUGGUGCACUCGCAGCUCCAGGAGGUGGAGGAUGCCUGGGCCACGCUGCUUGUGACUGCCAUGAGCUGCCACAGUCGACUUGAGUGGACCGUGUCCCAGUGGGCUGGGUACCUGGAAAACACGACCCAACUCCGGCGCUGGAUGGAGGCCGUGGAGCGGGAGGUGCACGCCUCCCUCGCCCCACAGCCGGGGCCGAGGGAGAAGGCCUCGCACCUGGAGAGACUGCGAGCCCUUCUGGCCGACAUGGAUGACCACCAGUUGGCCUUGUCCAGUCUGGAGGAAAAAGCCAGAGAACUCUUCAAGAAGACGGGUGACGUCGCUUUUAACCACAGCGCUCGAACGCAGCUGCAGGUGCACUUCGACGAGCUGGCAGUUUUGGUGGAGGAGAAAGUACGCCUGGCACAGAGCGUUGUGCUGGAACACCAGCAAUACUUGGAGGCUGUCCGGGAGCUUACUGAUUGGCUGAUGACCGCAGGGGAGGAGCUACAGCUUUGGUCAGACACAUCUGGAGACUCCGCCUCUAUCCAGAGGAAACUACAUGAAGUGAGGGAGCGCGUGGAGUGUCGACUCCUCGAGGGCCGCGAGCGCCUCGGCAUCGUGCGACGGACCGCGACGUCCGCGGCGGAGCACACGGCGGCGGGGGGCUGCGAAGCCAUGGACCGGCAGCUGGGGGCGCUGUCCCAGGCGCUGGAGCAAUGGGAGGGCGCUGCUCUGAGGGCCAGAGACGGCCUGGAGGGGGCACUUGCUUCCGCCGCCGCUUCCGAGGAAGAAUACGAGCGUCUGACCUCCUGUCUUGAAGACGAUUUGAAAGACCUGGAUGCUCGAGUCAGGGGGUGGAGCCAAGAUCUCAUUCGAGCCGAGGGACAGUGCAAUGGCGACGAAGCGGUGGCGGGAUGGCAGCUUGCUAAGGACAUCCUGGAGGGCCUGCAAAGCGUCGAGCCGAUGGCAGAGAAGUUGAAGGGUCAACUGAACGAGCUGGUGCAGUACUCCAGAGACUUGGGCUCCCAGUCCGACCGCGUCACCGCUCUCAUCAAGCAACACAACAGUCUCAGUCUUCGCGCAUCCAGGGAGUGCCAAAAUAAGGAGCGCCUGUUGGAGCAGCGCUUCCGUGCUGCCCUGCGAGACUUCCAGCAGUGGUUGGUCAACGCCAAGAUCUGCACCGCCAAAUGUUUCGACGUGCCGCAGAGUGUGGCAGAGGCCUCCACCGCCCUGCAAAGAAUACAAGAGUUCUUGAGUGACAGGGAGCACGGCCAGGCCAGACUGAGUACAGUGGGAGCCAGCGGGGAGCUGCUCAUGGCGGUGGUGUCCAAAGAGCGGGUUGAAGGGAUCAAGGCCAAAGUGGCAAACGCCAGAGAGGACUGGAAGAGCUUGAUGAAUAACCUUCAGAUAAGGGAGGAUGCGCUCAAGAACUUGCGGUGUCAGAUGACAGCUUUCGAGGCCAGUGCCGAGCCCCUGCAGGAGUGGCUCAACGGCGCCGAGGUCAGAGUUCAGGAGAGCAGCGCUCGGCUACACGACCUCUCGGCCAAGAAACAAGAGCGCGGCAAACUGCAGAGUGUCCUGGAAGAGAUGGCUAGUCGCGAUGCAGAACUGGGCCGCCUCAGGGAGAGAGCUCACGGACUCUGGGAGGGUCAGGCCGCCGGCAAGGGCUUCGUCCACCGAGUGUCCCAGCUGUCUGCGCAGUACUUGGCUCUCAGCAACUUGACCAAGGACAAGGCCUCCAGGAUUGAGCGAGUGGUAGGCGAGCAUCGCCUCUUCUCUGAGGGUCUUAAAGAGCUCCAGGAAUGGGUGUGCGAGGCCCAGAGGGUCCUUGGCACCUGCACUUCCACCACCUCUGAUAAAGCUGAGCUAGAGGACAGGAUGUUACAGCUUGAGGCCUUGCUUGCUGCCCGCCAAGAGCGGGAGAUCCAACUAAAGAUGCUGCUUACCAGGGGUGAAGCCGUUCAGAGAAACACGUCGGCCGAGGGCGUCCCGGUGAUCCGCAAACAGAUCCAGGACCUCAAGGAUUCGUGGGACUCCCUGCUCUCUGCUUCUAUCAAGUGCAAGAGCCAACUGGAGGGCGCCUUGUCACAGUGGACCAGCUACCAGGAAGACGUGGGUCAGUUUGUGCUCUGGAUGGACCGCGUCGACGAAACACUGAGUUGCUCACACAGACAGUACUCGGAAAUGAGAGACAAGACUGCAAACCUGGGAAAGACUAAGCUUCUGUAUGAAGAAGUGCUGAGUCACAGUUGUCCUCUGGAGACCAUAGCAACAAAGGGGGCCAACAUGGCGGAACACUGCAGCACGCAGCUGGAAGUGAAGCAGCUCAAGAGCAGAUACAUCACACUGGAAGAAAAGGCCAGCAAUGCAGUCAAUAAGGCCAAGGGGCUGGUUCUGAUCCACCAGGAGUAUCAGCAAGGACUGCAUGUGUUUGAAGAUUGGCUGGAGCGGGAGCAAUCCACUCUGAUGUCGCUGUCCCAUCCCGAAGGGAAUGUGGAUACACUUGAGCGAACACUGAAACAGCUUCAGAUUCUACAGGAGCGCUGCGCAGACGGUCAGUCAUUGUUGUCGUCAGUGCUGACCAGCAGAGAGCGGGUCAUCCUUUGGGGCGUACCCCAGAUUGAGGACAGAGCCCUUGACACGGCGCAGCGGGAGUGGGGGGCCUACCGGGGCCACCUGAAGGAGACCCAGACCCAGCUGAUCUCCACACUGACCAGACUGAGAGAAAUGAGCCAGAAGUUCCUCACCUUGGCUCACUGGCUUGAGGAAAUGGAGAAGGAGGCUGACUUGAGGACUCACCGGAGGUCAGACAGAAGCACUAAGGAGACUCAGCUGAAGCGACUCAAGUUGUGUCUUGAAACGGUGCUGAUACGGCAAGACGAAGUGGAUGGCCUCUCGUCUCUGGCCCAGCAGGCUUUGGAAGAAACCGACAUCAGCGGUCGCGUUAGCGUCACGGCAACCCAGCUCACUGCACGCUACCACUCCCUGCUGCUCAGCAUACAGGAGACCAUCAAGCAACUGCAGGAGGAGCUGAAGAGUAUACAGGAGGCCGAAAACCUUUGCGUGUCCUUCACCGAGUGGCUCAGCUCCACCCAGAAAAGCUUCACAGAAGUGACCGACACGUCGGAGCCUCUGGACCGCAACACACUUGAAAAAAAGCUGAAGAAAUUAGAGUGUCUACAGACAGAUCUGCAUCACGGUCACAGCUUCCUGAAGUCCCUGAGGGAGAGGGCCGAGCAGGCUGCAAACUUCCUGAACGAGGCUGGAGCCGAGAGCCUAGGAGGGGAGGUUGAGGCGCGUCUUUCCCAGCUGGAGGAGUUGGCGGGCUGGCUGAGGACUGAGCACAGCUUCCUGGAGCGUGCGUCGCUGCUGGCUAAGGAGUUCCAGGAGCGCUAUAAGGCUCAGGGCCAGUGGCUGGUGGAGACCAAGGCUUUGCUGUGCUUGCCGCCGGAACCCAAGGCCGAGUUUUACCAACGUAGGGGGCAGCUUACCAAGUACAAGGCUCUGCUGCAGAUGGUACAGGCCCACGACAGCUCCAUCAGGUCGGUGGUAGAGAAAGGUGACGCUCUCCUGUCAUCCGUUCAUUACCCUUCAGUCCGAGACAAAAUGAACAGGCUGCAAAAGGACUACACCGACGUCCGUAACACGGCCACGGCUCAUGUGGCGCAUCUGGAGGGCCAGGUGAGGGAGCAGGAAGCAUACCACAACGAGCUCCAGGAGGCGGAACGCUGGUUGCUGCAGAUGUCCAGCAGGAUAGUGACGCCUGACCCCAGCGUGAGCCGCAGCCUGGAGGCGGCCACUCAACAACUAGCCAGGCACAAGGCCAUCAUGGAGGAGAUAGCGGGUUUUGAGGAUCGCUUGGCAGGCUUGAAGCAGCGCGGGGACCACCUGGUGCACGGCUGUGACGAGCGCGUGCAGAGUAGGCUGAGACAGCAGGUCCACGCGCACCAGCAAGGCACCAGAGACAGCUACUCUGCCAUCUGCAGCACGGCGCAGAGGGUAUAUCAGAGUCUGGACCAUGAGCUACAGAGACAUGUAAGUCUACAAGACACUUUGCAGCAGUGCAAGACCUGGCUGACGUCUGCUUCCCGGGAGCCAGAACCUCCUGCGCUGACCCCUCUUGGCCUGGAAGAGGUGCUACAGCGGGUGAAGCAGGAACGGGCUCUCCAAGAGCAGGCCAGUACUUACCUCCAGCUCGUGUGCACCUCUUGUGACCUCUCUCUUCCUCAAGUGCAGGAGGUGGCUACAGGUGUCCAGCAGGUCAAACUCCAGAUCGAGGAGCGGAUGCUUCUCUGCGAGGAAGUUGCUGAGAGCUGGAGGAGCGUUGAGGAGCACAAGGCAGAUCUGGAGGUGCGGCUGAGAGAGACGGAGCAACAAUUUGAGAACCUCAUCAGGUGUCCUGCGGAGCUUGAGCCCAGAAUUGCACAGAACCAGCUGGACAAAGCACAGGAGUUCCUGCAGCAGGUGAGGGAGAAGCAAUCCGAGGUGAGCCGCUUGAACGAGGUCAUCGGUCAACUGACAGACGGACAGGACUGUGGUGCCCUGGAGGACGCGAGAAAGCUGCGCAGGAUCUGGAUCGAAAUGGGCCAGCGUGCCGAGGAGCAUGAGGCGGAGCGCGGCGAGGACAUGCAGCGCAGCGGCGAGUACCAGGAAAACGUGGCCACCGUUGAGGAGCUUUUGCAUCAAGUGUCCAGGGAGUGGGACUACCUUGCCAGGGCUGACACUGAAAGUACAAGGGAGCAUCUAGAAGCUCUGAGGAAGUUGUCAAGCGAUCUUGUGGAGCAGCGAGCAACACUGGAAGAUCUCCGGGAACAGAAACAAGCCAUCGUGCCUCGAAUAAGCCUGCUAGAUAAGGAACUGGUCAAACAACAGGUGGGUCAUCUGGAGCAGCGCUGGGCCCAGCUCGAGUCUCUCGUCCAGCAGAAGAUCCAAGACUCCUCUCAAACACUGGAGGAUCUGACAAGGGUGGAAACCCAGCUGAGGGACGCCCGCGAGUGGGUGGAAGAGCAACGGCCCGCGCUCACCUCAGCCCUGAAGACCAGCCCGCCGCCCGACCUGGCCCAGAGUUUCCUGUUCGACCACCUGAGCGUGUGCGUGGAGCUGGAGGCCAGACAGCAGCUGCUCGCUCAAGCAGUGAGCGAGGCGCAGGCCGUGGCAUCCAGGCUGGGGCUGAGUGAGAGGAAAAGCCUGCAGGAGCUGGUCGAACAAGCCCAGACUGAAGUGGAGGCACUGAAGGCUCGGGCGGCCCAAAGGAGGAAGUACCUCAGCAAGGCCUUCACAGAGAGGACUCAGUUCCUGCAGGGUCUUGGCCGAGCGCUCUCAUGGGUACAACAACAAGAGAGCAAGGCCCUGAUAGAUGACCAGAUUGCGCUCCUCCCGGAAGACCUGGCGAAAGAAGUGGCCGCGUGUCGUAGCAUCCAUAGCGGCCUUCGGGCCUACCAGAGGGAGCUGGCAUCUCUCUGGGUUCAAGGUCGGGAGCUGGAGAGGGACGCGACGGACAAAGAGCGAGCAGAAACCCUGGCAAAACUCCAGGAACUGCAGGGGGUCUUUGAAACGGCCCUCCAUAGAACCAGCCAGCGUGUUACAAUCUUGGAAAAAGCCUUGACGUCCAGGAAGUACUUCCAGGUUGACCUAAACAAGACUUGUCACUGGCUCAGACAAGCGGAAGCCAUCACCUUCCCCGAAAUCAACCUCAGCGACAUUGAGGACAGCUCGGAACUGCAAGAGCAUCUGUCGACGUUUCAAAAGGUCCUGGAACAAGCGUCGGAGAACGAGAACCUCCUGCUGAUCGUGCAGAGGAUAGGCCAGGAGAUCCUUCCCACUCUCAACGAGAUCGACCAUUGCUACCUGGACGAGCGGCUCAACGCCCUCCCCCAGCAGUACAACGGCAUCCUGGCGCUCGCCAAAGACAAAAAAGACAGGGUCCAGCAAGUAAUCCUCGACAGGAAGGAAUUCAGCACUUUUUUUGAGGUGACUCAAAGCUCCGUGGAGAGACUUCAGGAGCAGUUUGACAAUCUGGAGAAGAAGACUAUCAGUGCAAGUGAAGAGGAGCUCGUUUGCUUAAUGAAUGACUAUCGCAAAAUAGAUGAAAGUUUAGCACUGAUUAGCAGUGCAGUAAGAGAAGUGCAUUGUAAAAAUGAGGGCUUUCUCAGUUUGGGCCACACUUACAGAGCUGAGGAGACAUGUCAGCUGGUCCAUCUUCACACUACGUUGAAAAGUAAAACUAAUGAGACACUUAAACAAUUGGAUGAGGCCUUGAAAACACUCGUGGAACAUAACACACUACUGAACAGCUUUGACCAGGAACUUAAGUCCGCCAAAGACGACCUGGUCACACUCAAGUCGGACAAAGAAAUAGAUGUUAUAGAUAAAAUUGCAUCUCUUUAUGCCUUACUUGAAUGUCUAGAUGGUAUUUGCUCACAGGCCAAAGAAUGUUGCCAGCAAACCGACAAUCUGGGCUUGAGGUUUGACCCCGCUGCCUUGCAGAAAAUGACAGCCAGGCAUGAAUCGGUGCAGUCUUUGCACUCAGAUGUGAAACGCUGUAUUGAAGAAAGCCAAAAUGAUGUCGCACAAUACGAAGACUUCACAAGGGAGAUGGAGAAGAUGUCAGAAUGGCUGACAACUGUUAAAGACAUGCUGAAGGAACCACUGACCUUAACAGAAACCAAAGUUGAGAAGGUGCAGGAGAAAAUGCGGAAAGCGAGAAUCAUGGAAGAGGAGGUGGAGAGCAGAUUGAGGAUAACGGAUGCAUUGUUUAGUCGAGAGGAGCAAAGAUUUCGCAGUGGAAAGGAAACUGUUCCAAUCCACGUAGAGGAGAAACUGAAGGAUCUGAGGACACGGGGAGCUCAUGUCCAAAAGGAAAUUAGACACAAACAGGUGACUCUGGGUCGAGCUCUCAUUCUGGUCCAGAAGCAUCAGUCAUCACUGCAGGCCAUGCAGAAAUGUCUGGAUUGUGCAGCUGAUUUCCUCCAGCAUACAAGCGAAGGCGUGGAACUCGAGCACCACGCAGACUGGGUACAGAACCUGGAAGAAAUCAACGCCCAGGACAAGAAUUUGUCAGCUUUCGUAGAGGAGAUGAUGACCAUGGAGCCCCCUGUGGACACACAUGUGAUGAGCGAACUCAGAGGAGAAGUUGAAGCCUCGCAACUGCGGGGGACAGAAAUCAGACAGCAAAUGGAGGCCUACGGAGAAGUUCAUGAAAGAUGUGCCUCUCUCUGGGCCUCCUUCCAACACGAGAGAGAGAGGUUGGUGGAACAGAUGAACGCCAUGGCGAGCAAGAUGGCCGCGUUUGCCACGGCGAAAGCUGACAGUCUCCAGCAGGCGGAAGACAAGUGUGACAAAUACAAGUCUCUGGUGACUCACGCCGACCAGCAGGAGUUCGCCAUCAACGCACUGAAGGAGAAGGCGGCCGAGUUAGAGCAGCUCCUCACCGAUUCCGUUGUGGCCAUCGUCAAUCGUGCGCUCUCGACUCUAUGGCAACGCUGGAGCAGGCUCCGUGGUGUGGCAAGAUCCCAGGAGAGGGCACUGGAGGACACUGCGCGGGAAUGGAGAAACCUAUCAGAGAAGAUGGAAAAGGCGCGCUCCAUCUCAGCAGACCUCCACAGCCGCAUCCCAGACAGCACUGUGGAGAAGGCGGCCACCAGGGCGGCCCUCCAGAGCCUCCUAGAGUACCAUGACUCCUUUGUCCUGGAGGUGGAGAGGGAGCAGUCCAUCCUGGCUCUGCUGGGGCAGCAUGUCCUGGGCCUCAGAGGUGAUGAAGAGGAGGAAGAAGAGUUGCAGAGGAAGACAGAGAUUGGCCACCAGGAAACACGGUGCCUGCAUGAGAUCAAAAGUAUGCAGGAACAGUAUGACAGUCUUGUGUCCCAGGUUCAGGCCAGCAGAAUGCAGGUGCAACAGGAGUUGAGCGAGAGAGAGGAGGUGGAGAGGGAGCUGGUCUUGGUCAAAGGUUGGAUUCAAGACACUCGAGGCUUGCUCCUGAGCCCCACCGCCGACCUGGACACUCUGUUACAAGAGCUGGAGACGGCACACUGUGGGGUCAUCAGCAGACGUCAGAGCGUGGAGCGCAUGACGGAGAUGCAACAGUCCAAGUACCAGGACCUGCAGGCGGGUCUGCCCUCGGAGCUCAGCAUGCAGCUGGCGGAGGUGACGCUGGCUCUAAGCUCCGCCGAAGAUCAGGUCCAGGCCAGAGAACGAGAGGUGCAGCAGACACGGGACGUGAAAGAGGACUUCAGCUGCAGACUGAAGGACAUCGAGGCCAAGCUGAAGACCAUCGCGUUGAGAUUUGAAAUCAAGGGCGCCAGUCUGGAGGAGGCUAAAGAGGAGAACAGGAUUCUCCGUGAGGACUGUGAGUGUUGCGCUCACACCUUGGCCGAGCUGGGGUCGGCUCUGCAGGAGUUCGGCGAGCAGAACCCUCUGCUGUCCAAGCAACUGGGUGACGUAGUGACCAAAAUGGCCGAAGCACAGCGUCACGCCACACAGCAGGUCCAGGACAGAAGCAACAGGCUAAAGAAGGCAGAGAAGCAAAUGGCGGAAUAUCAAAGGGUGAAGGAAUUCAUUUUGUGUUGGACCGAAAAAGCAGAGACUCUGCUCUCUGGUAACAUCGUCUGGAGUCCAAUAUCACAACUACAAGAGCAAAUUCGAGCAUAUCAGACGUUGUUGAGGGAGUGUCGCGGUCUCCAUGGCGACCUGGAGGCCCUGGCAGAGCGGGAGGCGCAGUUGGGGGAUGUGCUGACGACCAAAGGGUGGAGCCAGCAGGUGAAGCACCUCAGUAGACGCACGGAGGAGCUGCAGGUGGCGGUUAAGACUCGUCUGCAGAAUCUGCAGGAUGCUGUUAAGGACUUGUUGCGUCUGGAGGCCGAGGUGAAGAGCCUCCACGCCGCUGUGGACCAGAUCCAAGUCACCCUGGCCUCCCCCGACCUCAACAGGCUCAGUCUGAGAGAGCAGCUCACACAGAGACAACGUUUGUUGGCCGAGAUGGACGGCUUCAAGCGGCAGGUGGCGGCAGUGCAGCAGUGUCAGAGCGCCCUCCGGCUUCCAGAGGAGGUGGUGGCCGCUCUGGUCGUCUGUCGCACAGCACAAAGCCUGCAGCAGGAAACCACCCAGCUGCAGCACACCACCAUCCAGCAGUGCAACAUCCUGCAGGAGGCCGUGGUGCAGUAUGAGCAGUAUGAGCUGGAGGUGAAGAACCUGCAGAGGUUAAUAGAAGAAGCCCAUCGUAUCAUUCAGGAUCGGCCCGUCUGCACCAGCAACAUUCAGGAACUCCAGGCACAAAUACACCACCAUGAGGAGCUGGCCCAGAAGAUCCGCGGCUACCAGGAGCAGAUCGCCUCGCUCCACUCCAAGUGCAAGAUGCUGACGGUGAAGGCGAAGCACGCCACCAUGCUGCUGACGGUCAGCGAGGCGGAUGGCCUCUCGGACGAGCUGAGCGACGACGACGUGCCCGGCGUCGGAGGAGCCGGCGACAAGCAGCUUCCUGCGCACCCCUCUGUUGUCAUGAUGACAGCAGGCCGCUGCCACACACUCCUUUCCCCUGUGACCGAGGAGUCAGGGGAGGAGGGCACCAACAGCGAGGUCUCCUCUCCCCCUGCCUGCCGCUCCCCCUCCCCUGGGGCUAACGCUGACGCUCCUUUUAAUCAGGGUCGAGGUGGUCUAAGUCGAGCAGCACUCCAGGAGCUAUACGACCCGUCUAUGGAGACCAGCACCGCCAACCUGGAUGACCUGCAGAGAUCCUGGGAAACGCUCAAGAACGUGAUAAGCGAGAAGCAGAAGAGUCUAUACGAAGCGCUGGAGCGACAGCAGCACUACCAGGAGUCCCUGCAGUCCGUUUCCAUCAAGAUGGAGUCCAUCGAGGCAGCGCUCGGCGAAGGCCCGGAGCCCGGCAAGACCCCCGAGAGCCAAAUGGCGACGCAUCAGGCUCUGAUGGACGAGAUCCUGAUGCUGCAAGAUGAGACCGGCGAGCUGCAGACGUGCUUCUCGGAGGAGCUGGCGGACGGAGACGGCAACGGCGAGCCCGCCGAUCAGCUGGCUCUGCAUUCCACCCUCACUGUGCUGGGGGAGAGAAUGGCCACCAUCCGGAUGAAGGCCUCCGGCAAACGGCAGCUUUUGGAGGAGAAGCUCAGCGAGCAACUAGAGGAGCAGCGUCAAGAACAGGCACUGCAGCGGUACCACAGCGAGGCCGAGGAGCUGGACCACUGGCUGCUCAGCACCCGCGCCACCCUCAGCUCGGCGCUUCACCUCCAAAACGAAGACCUCGACAUGGAGGAGCAGCUCAUUGACUGCCAGAACAUGCUGCUCGAGAUCGAGCAGAAGGUGUCGUAUCUGUCCGAGCUGUCGGUGCACAGCAAGAGCUUGCUCCUGGAGGGCCGGGCCGAGACCAAAGGCGAGGCGGAGCAGCUCACCCUCAAACUGCACUCCCUGAAGGACAGUCUGAUAGAGCUGCAGCAGAUGCUGCAGGACAAACAGGUGGACAUACAGGGUUCAUUGCAGGAGCAGGACGACAGCGAGCCGGACUCGUCUCUUUCGCAGAGCCCAAACGUGCAGGAUUGGCUCUCCCAGGCCCGUUCAUCGCGCACGCAGCAGCAUCACGACAACCUGCUCCGACAGAGGGAGCUUCAGCAGCAUGUAGCAGAGCAGAGGAGGCUGCUAAAGUCAGUGGCCAGCGUUGGGGAAGACUUACUCAGUCAACAGUGCACAACAAAUGGGGAUAGUGAGGUGUCUCUUCCUGUGGGGGUGUUGCUGGAGACAGAGAGCUGGUCUCACGGGGACCACUUGAGACAACGUUGGGAGAACUUGAACAAAGAUCAGAGCACUAAGCUGCAGCUCUCGCUCAACACACUGGAACACGAUCAGUUCAGCCCAAUCAUCCACCGGUCGCGUCUGACCAGUCCCAGCAUGGUGUUCAGAGGUGAGUCCGGCAGCCAGGACUCUCGCUCUCCCGCAGCUUUAUUUGAAGCCUGCAGCCAAGCUCUAGAAAGAAUCACUGAAGAGCCAGAAAGCGGUGACAAAAAGAUGGCGUUCUCUUCAGGUGGGAUGGAGCUCCAACAGAAUCUGUACGCCGCAGUGUCGGCCGCCUCCACCUGGUUGGACGCCGCUGAGAACGAGAUGCUCUCGGGCCCCGUGCUGCUGUCCGAAGACACUGAGACCCAGCUCACACAUCUGGAGUGCACUAAUAAAGAUCUGAAGGAGAUGAGCAGAGAGGUCAAUCAGUGCAGAGACCUGCUGGGUGGAGGUGCGGGCAGGUUGUGCGGAGGGGAGGAGCGAGCCUUGAUGAAGGACACCCUGGAGGGUCUGCAGGAGCGGAUGGGGCUGCUGGACUCCACCCUUGAACAGCAAUGCCACACCAUGAGGGACAGACUCCAGGAGCACUUAAACUUCCAGAAUGAACUCCGAAUGCUGUUCACCACUUUGAGCGAGAGUAAACACCUGCUGCUACAGAAGAUGGCCGCGAUAGUGGACAGGCCCGCGGCCAAGCAGAUCGAGACAUUAUCAGAGGUGGAGGACAGUCUGAAGGAGUUAGAGCAGAGAGUGACCGAGCUGAAGACCAAAGAUGAAGGGUUACAAUCUGACCGACUCACCCACCAGGAACUCCUCAAACUACAGGACGCAUACGAAGAGCUGCUGCUGAUGGUGGGCUCCAGACGCAGCGGCCUCAACCGAGCCCUGUCGGUCAAGGCUCAGUACGAAGCGGCCCUCCGAGACCUCACAGACCUGGUGGACACGGCCCAGGACAAGAUGGCCGCAGACCAGAAAAUGACAGUUGCCUCAGUUGUUGAGGUCCAAAUGUUACUGGACAAACACAAAGAGUUCUUCCAGAGUCUUGAAUGUCACAUGAUCCUCACUCAGACCUUCUACGGCAAAGUGUCUGGUUUGGUGGCACCGCGGGAAAGCCAAGUCCUAGAGGAGACCAUGUCUUCAGCUGACAGUGUCCUCAAACAGGCCCACAGGAGAGGGAUGGAACUGGAGAGCAUACUGGAGUCAUGGAGCAGGCUUAUGGAAGACUACCAGGCUCUGUGUAGACAGCUGGAGUCUGUCGAGUGCAGCGUUCCCACGGUGGGCCUGGUGGAAGAGACCGAGGAGAGACUCUUUGAGAGGAUCAAUCUCUACCAGCGUCUGAAGGCCAGUCUGACUGAGCAUCAGCCCCAACUGUAUCAGGUCCUGGAGGAGGGUAAGAGGCUACUUCUAUCUGUUAGCUGUUUGGACUUGGAGAACCAGCUGACCCAGCUGGGAGAACACUGGCUCUCAUCCACCACCAAAGUCAAUAAGGAGCUGCACCGCUUCGACUCCACGCUCAAACACUGGAGCAGGUACCAAAGGGAGUCGGCAGAAUUGAGCCACUGGUUACAGUUGGCUCUGGACAGACUUGAGUUUUGGACGACGCAGUCGGUCACUGUGCCUCAGGAACUGGAGACCGUCAGGGAUCACCUCUGUGCCUUCCUGGAGUUUUCCAAGGAGGUGGAUGCCAAGUCAUCAUUGCGUUCUUCCGUUCUGAGCACGGGCAACCAGCUGCUGAGACUGAAGCGGGUAGACACGGCCGGUCUGAGAACAGCCCUUGGCCACGUCGACACUCAGUGGGCCGAGCUGCUCACUCGCAUUCCCGUCGUCCAAGAGAAGCUCCAUCAGCUUCAGAUGGAGAAGUUGCCGUCACGACACGCCAUCGCCGAGCUCAUCAGUUGGAUCGCGCUUAUGGAGAACAUCAUAAACGAAGACCAGGACAAGAUCGCUGGAGCUGUGGGCUCAGAGGUGGUCCAGAACUUCUUGCAAAAGUACAAGGGGUUCCGCAUCGACCUCACUUGCAAACAGCUGACUGUGGACUUUGUCAGCCAGUCAGUACUGCAGAUCAGCAGUCAGGACGUGGAGGGAAAGCGCAGCGAUAAAACCGACUUUGCAGAGAGCCUUGGGGCUAUGAACAGACGAUGGCAGAUACUACAAGGGCUUAUCGCGGAAAAGAUUCAGCAUUUAGAAGGACUUUUGGAAAGUUGGCUAGAACACGAGAAUGGAGUCCAGGCCUUGAAAACAUGGCUGACACUCCAGGAGGAGAAACUGAAGAAGAGACACAGGAUAGAGGAUGUUGCAUCAGUGCAGAAUGCGCUGAAAGAUUGUCAGGAGUUGGAGGAACUUGUGAAGGAGAAAGCGAAGGAUCUAGAGAAGGCCGAGGAACGAGGAAACACUCUCAUCCAGGAUAAAAAAGGAGAAGCCUGCGCUGUUGUCAAGGAGACCCUCAAAGGACUCAACCAAUCCUGGGCUCAUUUGGAACACAUGAUAGGUCAGAUGAAGGUGAUGCUGCGCUCAGUGCUGGAACAAUGGACCUUAUACAGGCGUGCCGCGGAGGAGAUAGAUGGGUACCUGAUGGAGGGCAGGUAUUGUGUGUCCCGGCUGCACCUCAUCAGUGGCUCCUUGGAGGCUGUGCAGCAGCAGGUGGAGAGUCUCGAGAACCUACAGGAGGAGAUGGACAAGCAGGAGAGUAGUUUACUCAAGUUUGGCUCCGUCACCCAGCAGCUCCUCACCGAAUGCCACCCAUGUGUGGCGGAAACACUUAACAGAGCCCUGCGGGAUGUCAACAUGAGGUGGAACGAUCUACUAGAGCAGAUCUCGGAGCAGUUGAGGAACAGUAAGGCUUUGCUGGGGCUUUGGCAGCAAUACAAAGAAUUAUCCAGCACUUGUGCGAAAGCAGUGGAGAGGCAAGAGGAGCGUGCCGACCGCCUGCUCAAGAGCGCCACCGACAGGGACAUCACGGAAGAGGAGAGCAGCGCCUGGAUGAGGGACUGUGAUGAGUGUCUUCGUGAGCAGGAAUCCGUGCAGCAUUCCCUGCAGCAGCUGCAAACUUUGGGAGAACAGCUGAGGAGGCGAGUGGACGCCUACUCGUUCGCAGCCCUGCAGUCGGAGUACAUGUCACUGACGCAUCGCUUGUUGGCGCUGCCACACUCGCUACACAGGCAGCAGGAGGCGCUGCAGUGUGGCGGUCGGACCUGCGAGGGCUUCAGGGACCAGUUGGACGCGCUCAUUCAAACGGACGCCGAGGCCUCGCAAGUGUUGAAGGAGUCGGAGCAGCUGGGCUCGCCAGCGCUGAGUGACAUUCAAACACGUAUGGACAAACUAAAGGCGCCCCUGUCCAAGCUGAGCAGUCUGUCUCUAGACUUGGAGCGCGUCAACGUGCUCAUGUACAGACUGCCGCUCAGCGACGGAGACUUGAAACGUCUGCAGUGUCUGAACAGGGCGUGGGCGUCUCACUCCGCUCUCCUCAGCGAGAGGUUCAGUAAACUGCAGGCGGGGCUGCUCCUGCACCAGACUUUCCUGCAGAAAUGCGAAGCCUGGAUGGACUUCCUGUCUCAGGCGGAGCACAAACUGGCCGUCGAGAUCUCGGGCAACUACCAGAGUCUGCUGGAGCAGCAGCGAGAGCACGAGUUGUUCCAGGCAGAGAUGUUCAGCCGACAGCAAAUUCUUUACUCCAUUAUCAGCGAUGGUCAUAGUAUGCUGGACCAAGGCCAAGUGGAUGAUGGAGAUGACUUCAGUGUAAAGCUGGCCUUGCUGGCCAAUCAAUGGCAGGGCGUGGUGAGGCGUGCCCAGCAGCGCAGGGGCAUCAUCGACAGUCUGCUCCACCAGUGGCACAGCUACCACGAGAUGUCGGAGAAGUUGCUGCGCUGGCUCCAGGAUGUGUCGCGCGAGUUGGACGCGCAUCACCCAGGGGGAGAACCGGUCGCUCUGCAGCAGGCCAGGAACCUGCUGGAUCAAAUACAAACUCCCUUAGUUAACCUCUACCCCUUCGGUCCACUCUCCCUAUCCCGGCUCCUUCAGCUGCGCGAGCGCGUACUCCAAAGGCAACAGGGAAGCUACAUCGUGACGGUGGAGGCCGGCAGGAGCCUGCUGCUGUCGGCCGACGCCCAGGCCGAGUCCACGCUGCAGACGGAGCUGAUGGAGAUUCAGGAGAGGUGGAGGCACGCGCACCACCGCCUGGACCAGCAGAGGAAGGAGCUACACACUCUGCUCAAGAAUUGGGAGCGAUGCGAGAGAGGCAUCGACGCCUCACUGGAGAAGCUGAGAGCCUUCAAGAGGAAGCUGUCGACGCCGCUGCCCGACCAUCAAGACGAGCUGCACGCCGAGCAGAUGAGAUGCAAGGAGCUGGAGAAUAGUGUGGAGGGCUGGAACGAUGACCUCACUUCCUUGUUCCUCCUGAGGGACGCCUUGGUGGGCGUGGUCGGCAGCAAUGACGUCACGCUACUCCAGGAGCGCCUCCAGCUUCUGCAGCGCCAGUGGGAGGAAGUGUCCCACCAGCUCUCCCUGCGCAGGCAGCAAGUAAGCGAGAAAUUGAACGAGUGGGCUGUGUUCAAUGAAAAGAACAAGGAGCUGUGCGAGUGGCUGACGCAGAUGGAGAGCAAAGUCUCUCAAAAUGGAGACAUCGGCAUCGAGGAGAUGAUCGAAAAGCUGCGCAAGGACUACCAGGAAGAAAUCAGCGUGGCUGAGGAGAACAAGCAGCAGCUGCAGCUCAUGGGAAUACGCUUGGCCCGGUCCAGCCAGGAAAGCAAAGCAACCGACAUACAACACAAACUCAAUAAAGUCAGCGAGCGUUGGACACACCUCCUCGACCUCAUUGCAGCCAGGGUGAAGAAGUUGCGGGAGACCCUGGUGGCCGUGCAACAGUUGGAGAAAAACAUGAGCAGCCUGCGCUCGUGGCUGUCCCACAUCGAGACCGAACUAUCCAGGCCCAUCGUCUACGACACGUGCGACGAGCAGGAGGUCCACAGGAAGCUCAACCAGCAGCAGGUGCUGCAGAAAGACAUCGAGAGGCACAGCACAGGCGUGGCUUCCGUGUUGAACCUGUGCGAGGUGCUGCUGCACGACUGCGACGCCUGCUCCACCGAGAGCGAGUGCGACUCCAUCCAGCAGGCCACCAGGGGCCUGGACCGACGCUGGAGGAACAUUUGCGCCAUGUCCAUGGAGAGGAGGCUCAAGAUUGAGGAGACUUGGAGGUUGUGGCAGAAGUUUUUGGAUGAUUACUCCCGCUUUGAGGAGUGGUUGAAGACUUCUGAGAGAACAGCAGCGAUGCCCAACUCUUCAGGCGUCCUCUACACUGUCGCCAAAGAGGAACUCAAGAAGUUUGAGGCUUUCCAGCGGCAAGUGCAGGAGUGCCUGACCCAGCUGGAGCUGAUCAACAAGCAGUACCGCCGCCUGGCCCGAGAGAACCGCACCGACGCGUCCUGCCGUCUCAGGGAAAUGGUGCAUGAUGGGAACAGGAGGUGGGACAACCUGCAGAAGAGGGUGGCCGCCAUCCUACGGCGUCUCAAGCACUUCAUCAACCAGAGGGAGGAGUUUGAGACAGCUCGAGACAGCAUCCUGGUGUGGCUGACUGAGAUGGACCUACAGCUCACCAACAUCGAGCACUUCUCCGAGUGUGACGUGCAGGCCAAGCUUAAACAACUCAAUGCGUUCCAGCAGGAGAUUCACUUGAACAUGGGCAAGAUCCAGCUGGUGUUCAGGCAGGGCGACGCUCUGAUCGAAAAGAGCGAACCCCUGGAUGCCGCUGUGAUCGAAGAGGAGCUUGAGGAGCUGCAGAGGUACUACCAGGAGGUCUUUGGACGAGUCAACAGAUACUACAAGAAGCUUACACGUUUACCUCUGGCGGACGACGAGCUGGAUGGUUCCGACAUGGAGGACGGCGCCGACCUGUCCGAGCUGCAGUGGUGCGACUCAACGCCUCCUCGCACCUCCGGUCGUCCGGCCUCCGUGGCGGCCACCCUCAUUCGGGCGGAACGCUCGGGCCGGGACACUCCGGCCAGCGUGGACUCCAUCCCGUUGGAGUGGGACCAUGACUAUGACCUGAGCCGAGGUCUGGAGAGCCCGGGGGGACGCAACCACAGGGGAAGGAGCCGAGGGCAAGAGGAAGAGGAGGUGUAUUUGAGGACGGCUACUCCAGUGCUGUCAGACGUAGUUAUUCCAGAGAGUCCCGAGGCCUAUAUAAAACUGACUGAGAACACAUUGAAAUCGUCCUCCGGCGAUGCGGGACAGCUGGAGGCCAGCCUCAGACAACUGGACCAGGCCCUGGACGCAUCACGGUACCAGCUGCAAGCCAGAGAAGACGCCACCAGCCACUCCAGCCCCGAUGCUGACUCCACAUACAUGGGCUACAUGCGGCUGAUGGGAGAGUGUCGCGGCAGCAUAGACGCGGUGAAGAGAGCCGAGGAAGAGCUUACGGAGGACGAAGAUGACAUGCCGGGACUCACCAACAUGACCAGCACUGACAGUCAGAAUCCAGGCGUGAUCGAGCGCUGGGAGCUGCUGCAGGCUCAGUCGCUGAGUGACAAGCACAAGCACAAGCAGAACCUGCAGCAGUGGCAGCAGCUCAUCUCGGACCUGCAGACCAUGCGGGCGUGGCUGGGUCGCUGCGAGGCCGAACUGGGCCAGCUGCGAGGCCUGGAGCUCAGCACGGACAUCCACGCCAUCCAGCAGAAGAUCAAGAAGCUCAGGGAGCUGCAGAAGGGGAUGGACACUCACAAGUCGGAGGCCCUGUCUGUCAACCUGAGCAGCGCCGGCUUCCUCCAGUCGGAGCCUGACUCAGAGGAGGCGUGGGAGCUGCGGGACGCUCUGAAGGAGAUGAACGCGCACCGGGAUCGCCUCGGCAGCUCGCUGGAGGAGAGGAGGGAGGAGCUGCAGAGAGCGCUCAUGCAGUGCCAGGAGUUCCACGAGAUGAGUCACGGUCUGCUGCUGUGGUUGGAGAACAUCGACCGCAGGAGGAACGAGGUGGUGCCUAUCCCUCCAAACCUGGACUCGGAAACACUACGAGCUCAUCACAAGACACUCACGCAAAUCAAGGGCGAGCUGCUGGACUCGCAGCAGAAGGUGUCGUCCCUCCAGGAGCUGUCGGCUCAGCUGCUGGUCAGCACGGCAGCGGCGACGGCGACGCUCCCCCACUCCUCGGGCAGAGAGUGUCUGGAGGCGCAGGAGAAGGUGCACGUGAUCUGGAACAGGCUGCGUCUGCUGCUGCGCGAGGUCGACGGCGACCUGGACGAUCUACAGAGGCGAUUGGAGUGCCAGAGCCUGCGACAGGAUUUCUCACCACUGCCCGUCGUCGAAUCGAACAUCAGCGCUGUGUCCGCGGCUGCUCCUGCUCUUUCUGCUGCGUCCGAGUCAACCAAUCAAAGUUGGAGACCAUUGCCCCGAGGCAAAAGUAGUCAGGCCCCACCCGGACCCCCCGAGAGCGGCCCGCGCCACAGCCGCAGGAGGUCACCCACCGGCGCCGCUGGCUGCGUUUCCUCCCGUUCUGACCUUUCGGACGGCGUCUCGUCGCCAUCCUCCCCCUCCUCCAAGCAUCCGUCCUUCCUGCACAGGGUCCUGCGGGCAGCGCUGCCCGUGCAUCUGCUUCUCCUGCUCCUCAUCGCCCUAGCCUGCAUGGUGCCCAUGAGCCAGGAGGACUACAGCUGCCACCACGCCAACAACUUUGCUCGCUCCUUCCACCCCAUGCUUCGCUACACCAACGGACCUCCGCCCAUAUAGCUGCUUUUGUUUGUAAUCUCAAGGACUCCUGUGAUUGUGCCCUUUUCACCCUGUGCCCUACACCAACAUUAUACUACGACCAGGACGUGAGAACAAUAUGUCAACGGCCCUUUAAGAAGUACUUAAGAACCUUCAUUAAAUAUUUUUUAUUUUGCUAUAUGUAUGUAUAUAAAUGAAGGUUGUUUUUCCCCCCAAUGAGGAGGAACAAAGCAGUAUUUAUAUACACUCAAUGGGAGCCAAAGUCUUCCCAGUUCUGCUACUAUUUAUUGGGUUCGAUCAGCUAUGAAGAUUAGUCAAGUGUGUACCUUUAAUAACGAAUACACACCACAGGAAACAGCCACUUUGAAAGUUAAAGGAAAACAAAUGUGACGUGGAUAACCACAGCUGGUUUAUUUACAUUUACGGAGUGAAAAUGCCCGGAUGUUUCUUCGCUUCCGGGAAUAAACACCAGGAUGUCACGACCGGUUUGCUAGCUAACUUGGGACGUGCUACGCUACGUCGCUGGUGAGGGAAAAAUAAUUAGUUCUUUUGCUCAAAACUUGCCGUUUUAAUUCGUAUGAACUACGUUUUGACCACGUUCUUGUUAGCUUUGUUAGGGUGCGUCGGACCACUUGUUUGAAAGGUACUGCACUGACGAACUGAAAAGUAAAGGGUUUUGAGACAUAAUAACGGCUGACUUCUCCCCGCCAAAUGUCAAGGCCUGUGUUCAUUUUUAUUUUUUAUUUUUUGUAUGUUCAGUACUAUUUAAUCAUUUGGGGCAUUUGUGAUGAAAACAAAUACACGAAUUUUGAUACGAAUUUGUAUUAAGAAAUGCUGAUUUUUUUUUUUUUUUAAAUCUUGUUUGCGCAUGCACUUGAAAGUCCCCCAAAGCCAAACAAUCACUGGUUGUGAAGCUAAUAAUGAGCUUGUAUUAUUAUCAUGAUAAUUAUUCCAGAGUGAUCAGGACAUGGGAAUCGCUACUUUGUUGAAACACGAUGAUGUGUAAAAAAAAAAAAAUAUAUAUAUAUAUAUAUGAAAAUUGUUAUUUAUGUUUGUACAGUUUGCUAACACUGAAUACUCUUUGCAAAUAAAACAAUGAAAUAUUAA